CCUCCACUUAUCGCCACCUUCUCUCCUUGCCCUCAAGGUACAGGGCAGGAGUGGGUAAGGAGGAGCUCAGCUGGGCUAGGGGUGGAGCCACCUGUUCACCGCUUGGAAUUCAGAACCUGACGGAGAAGGAUCUGGCUGCUUAAAUUUAGCCGAGGCUGAAAUCCGUAUGGCCUUCCUACUGAAGGCUAACACUUUGGAGGGCAAUUGGGACUUGCUUUUUACUGCAAUACAGUGGAUACAAUUUGUUAUGGCAACUCUGAGUGUUAUAGGUUCAAGUUCACUUAUUGCUUAUGCUGUAUUCCAGAAUAUACAGAAAUCUCCAGAGUCAACCAAUGGCAGAGACUCCAGAAAAAAUUAUGCCUGGUUUCCUACUAGAAAGAUAAGGCCACUCUUUUAUCUGAGCUUCUCUGACCUCCUCUUGGGGAUAUGCUGGCUCAUUGAGGCACUUCUCUAUGGAACUUCAGCAGCCAAUAAGGACAUUGUCUGCUAUAACCUACAAUCAGUUGGGCAGAUAUUCUACAUUUCGUCAUUUUUCUACACUGUCAAUUACAUCUGGUAUCUGUACAAAGAGCUAAGGAUGAAACACAACCAGAAUGGCCAUAGCAUAUUUCCACUGGUUAUAGAUUAUACUUGUCGAGCUGGUCAAAUAGCUACCAUUUUGUCAAGCCUGAUACCUCUACUAUUGAUGAUACCUGUAUUCUGUUUGGGCAAUGCCAGUGAAUGUUUCCGCAACUUCAGCCAGAGCCACAGGUGUAUCCUGAUGCACUCACCACCAUCAGCCAUGGCUGAACUCCUGCCUUCUGCUAACACAUCAGUCUGUAACACACUUUAUUUUUAUGGGCUCAUCAUUUUCCUGGCCAGCUUUCUACUCAGCCUCCUCACCAUUGUGGUCUUAGUCAUCCAGGCCCAGACACUUUAUAAGAAGUUUGUGAAAUCAACUGGCUUUCUGGGGAGUGAACAGUGGGCAGUGAUUCACAUCGUGGAGCAGCGAGUGUGCUUCUAUCCAGUGGCCUUCUUUUGCUGCUGGGGCCCAGCUGUCAUUUUGAUGAUCAUAAAGCUGACUAAGCCACAGGACACCAAACUUCACAUGGCCCUGUAUGUUCUCCAGGCUCUAACAACAUCGUCCCAGGGUCUACUCAACUCUGGAGUAUAUGGCUGGACACAGUACAAGUUCUACCAACUAAAGCAAGAGGCUCGGCGUGAUGCAGACACCCAGACGCCAUUGUUAUGCUCACAGAAGAGAUUCUAUAGCAGGGACCUAGAUCCACAGGAGUCUACCCUUGCCUUUGGUACUAGCACCUCUACUAUUCUUUAAAUGUAUAAAACUGGAACAUCCGGGAACUGGAGUUACUCUACACAAAUGGAUUGAGAAGAGUUUUGGGGAACAACAUCUUAAGUUUUUUCUAGCCAUGCUUUAAACUAGGGGAAUGAAAGGGAAUAUAGUGCCAUGGUUAGCAGCUACCCAGGUGUAGGGGUCAGAAUCUAUCCAUUAUUCUCAGAUUGACAAGUGAUUCUUAAAGUCUUUGUUCAGGAAGAUGAAGCCACUUUCCACAUAAGAAAUAAACUCAUAUUACUUUGAUAAA